CCCAUCACUAAUAAUUACACAGCUGCUUGUUGGCUCCCAGUGGACAACCCUGGAUUGUCUUUGCAGCAUUUUUUGCUUUAUUUCUUAGGUCAAUGCCCCUAUUCUGGAUGAAGAAAGAGAAGAAACUGUUCUAACUAGCUAGCUUAGCUAGCCAGGGUAUAGCGUUGCUAGCGUUAGCAUAUCGUAUAGCCUAACAUUUUUAGUUAACUUUGCUAGUUAGUGUUAAAAAGUUACCGCUGUUACUCUAUGAAAAGUGUUUUAAGAAAAGUCGCCAUAUUAUCUAUAUAUCCAAAUAUUAGCUCCCUGUGAGUUAGCUAGCUGCCUGUGGCCAGUUUGUAAACUUACCUCACCUGAGCCAGCCCCCCACACCAAGACACUCCCCCGGUUCUAACUUCCACCGUGUCCAACAGCGGGGGCGGCGUGGUGAAGUCUGGGUACUUUGUAAGAACCUCAUCCGUCUGUGUCUGUCUACACAAUGACCAUGGGCUCUGUGGGUCUCGGCUCAGCGGUUCUCUUUCUUGCCUCUUUUGUCGCGCUUCUUUGCGUUUGCUCCGCGAGUUCGGACGCGCCUCGGGGCGUCGCGGUCGGGUUCGUGUUCGACCCCAGAGCGAAGUGUGACCCUCCGUGCAAACACGCAGGAAUCUGCAUCCGCAACAACACAUGCUUCUGCUCCAAAGGCUAUGAAGGAGAGACCUGCCAGUAUGCCACCUGUUAUCCCAAGUGUAAGAAUGGAGGAGAGUGUCUUCGCCCUGGAAAAUGCAGGUGUGCUCCUGGAUUUGGAGGAAGAUACUGUCACAAAGUGACAUGUGAUGGAGGAUGUUGGAACGGAGGGGAAUGCAUCGCUGUCAAUGGAGUGGUCAAGUGCAUCUGCCCCUCAAGCUGGACUGGCUCAAAAUGCCAGGAGGCAAUUUGUCCCCAGGGCUGCAGGAAUGGGGGAAUCUGUGUGGCUCCAGGAAUCUGCAGCUGUCUAGAGGGAUGGCUGGGCGGUGCCUGCCAUGCUGCUGUGUGUGCUCAGCCCUGCCUGAAUGGAGGAAAGUGCAUCUCUCCCGACAAAUGCCGCUGCCGCCCCCCGUUCUCUGGCCCUCGCUGCGAGGAGAGAAAAAAGUCUCACUAGUGUGACACAGCUGAGGUCACAGGUCACUGAACCCCAGCCAGGGACUUCAUUCAUUUUUAUAAGCUAAACAUUAGUAGUUUUUAC